AUGCUGCUAACCUUUCCCCUUAAUAGGGGUGCGCUGUUGGGCAUCGGACCAGUGAUUUCUGGCCUUACAACUGAGUAUGCUGCUUACGGAUUCACUGCUUAUUUAUUCUGUGCCUUAAUAAAUGAUAUGAAUGUUUGUCAGAGGAAAAUGAAAAAUUUGUUAUUUAGCUUUUAA